GCGUACGCGAAUGCAAUCCGUCCGUCCGUCUCUGUUUUGAUUGCUCGCCUACGCGGGUGGGAGAAAUUGCAGUUUCAAGUGAAUUUCCUGGAAAUUUCGGUGGAAUUUUCGAACGAUUGUUGAUUUUUGUGUGUUCUGGUAGUGAAAUUUGCGAGGACGUUCCGCGAAACAAGGGUGAAGAAGUGCUGACACGGGUUGUUCGCUGGGAGUGUAUUCGGACCGGAAAUGAGCAUCGCCAAUUAGGUUCAAUCAAGAAAAGUCGAGUCAGCAGCUUAGGCCCAGAAAAAUGUGGAAACUUUGCAACAUCAGUAGGAACCAGUACUUCCUGGUGGGGCUGCUGAUUGGAUUCCUGUACAGUUACUAUAUGCCGCAGGAUCUGACGGAAAUCGUCACCGAAUGUCCGGAGGCGACCGAGAAGGAACAUCUGCUGGGUGAGGAAGCUAAGUAUGGGAGCGAAUUUGAGCCGCAGCUCAAUCUGGAGCAGAAGCCGAUGAUCGCCAAGAAGCAGGUCAAGAACAUCGUUCGGCCGAGAUAUUACUACACCGAGCUGGGGAUUCGGGAGAAGCUGUUCGUCGGAGUGAUGACCACGCAGGAGAACAUCGAUUCACUGGCCACGGCCAUCAAUAAGACAUCAGCUCAUCUGGUCAACAAGAUCAAGUUCUUCAUCAAUGCGGACAACGUCAAGACAAAUUUCAAGUUGAAGAACAUUGUUGGGUUUACGGACACCCGGGAGAACUUGAGGCCGUUCCAUGUGCUGAAGUACAUUGCGGAUAACUAUCUGGAUGAUUACGACUACUUCCUGCUGGUGACGGACACGGGAUAUGUCAACGCAAGCCUUCUCAAGGAACGCCUGUCUCACAUUAGCAUUAGUUUCGACGUCUACAUGGGCACUGCCCACGGGGCAACCCUCCAUGAGGGCGAGGACAAACCCGCCGAUGCUCAGUACUGCGACCUCCAUGCGGGAAUCGUCCUGAGCAGCAGCGUCAUCCGCAAGAUCCGCGCCAAUCUGGACUGGUGCGUCCGAAGUGCUGUUUCCAACCAGCACAAUCUCAACAUUGGCCGGUGUGUGAAAUACUCUAGCAAGAUCGACGGCUGCCAACCGUCUUGGCAGGACAUCAACGUCACCAGCUACAAACUGAACAGCUACAAGAUCUACCGGGACCUGCACCUGAUCAAACACGAAGACGCCUUCAACAGAGCUUCCGUCGUCUACCCGAUCACCACAGCGGACGAUUUCUAUCUGCUGCACGCGUACUUCUCCCGUGUCCACCUGGAACGGAUCAACCACCAAAAGCAACAAAUCCACGAACAGGCCUCCACCAUCUCGAACGGAACGCUCCCCAACGAUAUCCUGGAGGUCCGUUGGCCCUUGGGCGUCCCGAAACCGAAUCCCCCGGAAUCCCGCCACGACAUCGUCCCCUGGACACACCUCAACCUGACCCACUCCUUCAUGUGGAACUCCGAAGUCAACGUACGGCCACUCUCCACCGUGGACGCCGAGGACAUCCGGAACAUCCUGAACAAAACCAUCCUGGAAGCAUUCCGCACCAACCCGGAUCUCGAAUACCGUGCCAUCCAUUCGGCCUACCGCAAGUUCGAUGCCGUCCGGGGGAUGGACUAUCGGAUGCACUUGAACUUCUACGACCGGAAACGGCGCCAACCGGUGCUGAAAUCGUUCGAGGUGGUCAAACCCAUUGGGCUGAUCGAGAUCGUUCCGUCGCCGUACGUCACCGAGAGCACCCGGAUUGCCAUUCUGCUGCCGACGUUCGAACAUCAGGUGCCGGAAGCGUUGCAGUUUGUGCAGAACUACGAACGCGUCUGCAUGGACAACCAGGAUAACACGUUCCUGAUGCUGAUCUUCUACUACCGUGCGGACACGCCCAGCAAGGGCGACGAGGACGUCUUCCUGCCGCUGAAAAACCUAGCCCUGGGUCUCACCGAGAAGCACAAACAGGACGGAUCGCGUGUCGCAUGGGUCUCGAUCCGGUUGCCGCCGGAGCUGAGCGCCCCGUUUAACAUGAACCACCUGUACUCCACCUCACUGUACGGUCCCAAUCAGCUCCUAAGCUUCGUGGCCACCGAUUUGGCCCUGCGCAAGAUCGGCCUGGAUAGCUUGGUCAUGAUCUGCUCCAGCGCGGCCACCUUCCGGUCGGAUUUCCUGAACCGGGUCCGCAUGAACACCAUCGCCGGCUUCCAGGUGUUCAGCCCGAUCGGGUUCACCAUGUAUCCCUGCCGGUGGACCAAGCUGUGCAAGGAGUGCGACGGAUGUGACGUCGGCCAGAGCAGCGGCUACUUCGACCGGGCCAACUACGACGUGGUUUCGUUCUACAGCCGAGACUACGUGGAAUCGAGGAAGUUGCUGGAGCAACAGCUGCCGAUAGUGCGUAGCGAUAGGGAUAUUGUCAAUUUGGUCAACUACACCCAGGAGGAUGGAAUCCAGAACGUGGCCGAGUUGUUCGUGAGGGCCAACACCAAGAUCCACGUGCUGAGGGGAAUUGAGCCCAAUCUGCGGCUGGGACGGGCAAUGGAGAACUUCCUGGCGGCGGACCCCGAGGGAGAACAACUGGCGGCACUGCGGUGCGAGGAAUCGAACGAGGAACGAUGUGUAAGGAUCGCCUCCAAGAAGCAGAUCGGAGAUGUGCUGGUGCAGUACGGGAAUAGCCAGCAGGAGAACGAGGUGAAGAAGUAGCACAACAGGAACUGGUAGCAUUUGUAGUCGAAUAUAAAUCAUUCUAGAACAAAGCAAAAACUCUUGCCAAAUAACUGAAUUGUAUACUAAGCUUUCCCGGUGAAGCAGCAUUUAGAUCGGUAAUUCUCCUCUCUUUUGAGAAGUGCUGCCUUAUUAUAGGUUUCCUAUAUAUAUAGAAGAUAAGCCAAACUCGUGUAUUUACUCGUCUGUGUCAGGAAGAUAUUGUUCGUUUGUAGGGGUUUUAAAAUACCAAUAAAAAGUGCCUUGUUGCCCAGAGCAGAA